AUGCUCUGGGCCCAGUUCCCGUCGGUCAAGAUCGUCCGCCAGGCCAAAGGCAAAUACUCCCCAGACGUCGACGAGCGCUGCUUCACGUACUGCUCGCAGACCGUCCGCGGGCGGGCAGAGCAGAGCGAGCCCCGGUGCCGGACCUUCUGCCUCCGCCGCGUCUUCGCGCACGAAGUGCAGCGCGCCAUCGCCGUGCACGAUGGCAAGCCCCCUCCCGCGCACGCCAAGAUCCCGCUCCCGCCCGAGGGCCAGAACAUCCCGUCGCUCACGCACAUCCUCAUCGGCGAGUCGCCCGAGGGCCAGGAAGGCCGCGCGCAGCAGGACGAGGUGCGGUACUGGGAGGAGGGCUACUACGUGUGGUUAAGCAAGAACAAAUGGGCGGCGCACGAGAAGCUCGACCUGAUGACGUUCGACCUCGAGCGCCAGGCGGUGUGGGCCAAGUACAAGCAGGACAAGACCGAGGCGUGGCAGAAGAAGCAGGUGCGCAAUGGGAAUGCUCAGGCGGAACAGGUAGCCAAAGGCGAUGCGCAGGCGGUCGGCGGCCGGUCAUCAGCGCGGAGACCGUUUCCUGACCUAGCUGGUCAAUCGAUUCUGCUCCCCAUGCCCCCACCCUUCCCGCCCCUCUGGGAACAGAUCGACCAGCUGCUCGCACCUUCCCACAAGCUGUUCGCACUCACGCAGUCGACGCUGCAGUCCGGGGACCAGCUCAAGCUUGCGCACCGGAUGUGGGAGAAGGCGCUGACGGACCAGCCGUUCGUGCUCGCGCGCAACGUCUGCACGCGCAUGUGGGACAAGUGGAAGAAGGGCCCGCCGGACGACACCGCGUAG